CCUGCCCCGCCGCCGGCCGCCCGGCCGCGUAGACGGGGCGGCACGGCCGCCUCUCCCCGCGCAGCCGCCGCUUUGCGGGCGGCCGCCAUGGAGGACGUCGGCUCGGGCGUGAACGCGGACGCGGAGGUGCGGAAGCUUCAGGAGCUGGUGAAGAAGCUAGAGAAGCAGAAUGAACAGCUCCGCAGCCGCCACGGCGCCCUGCCCGCCGCCCCCGCCAGCCCCAAGCGCCUGCCGAGCGCCGGGCCCUCUUCGCCGCCCCCCACCGCCUCCCCGUCGCCCGACGGCCGCUCCCUCGGCCCCAGGGCCGCCGCCCGACGCUCGCUCCUCGAGGAGCCUGGCGGCGAGGGGGGCGGUGGCGGCGGCGAUGGCCUCCUGGACGACGCGGCGGUGCUCAGGCCGGAGGAGCUGGAGCGGCUGGCCGGCUGCGAUGAGGAUGAGACCGGCUGGUUAUAUACAUCUCCAAAGAAGAAACUGAAUCCAGUGCAAAAAUGUGUCAGUCCAUUAGUUUGGUGCAGACAGGUAUUGGAUUACCCAAGUCCUGACGUUGAAUGUGCUAAAAAGUCACUGAUCCACAGACUGGAACAAACAAUGUCAGCUCUCAAGAGACAGAGUUUGUACAGCAGCCCUUUCAGUGCAGUCAGUUACGCAAGCUCCUAUAGUCCAAAUACUGGUAGCCCCUACAGUAGUGGUUUCAACUCUCCCUCCUCAACACCAGUGAAAUCUGCUUUAGUGAAACAGCUCAUACCUCCUGGUACCUCAGGUCAUCUUAAAAUUUCAGGAGAUAGAAAUCCUCCUCUAAGUCCACAGUCCUCUCUGGACAGUGAAUUAAGUGCAUCGGAGAUGGAUGAAGACUCUAUUGGGUCUAAUUACAAAUUAAAUGAUGUUACAGAUGUGCAAAUUUUAGCACGAAUGCAGGAAGAAAGCCUGCGGCAAGAGUACGCUGCCACAGCUUCUCGACGUAGCUCUGGCUCCUCUUGCAAUUCUACCCGGCGAGGCACGUUCAGCGACCAGGAGCUUGAUGCACAGAGCUUAGAAGAUGAAGAAGAUGGCACACACCACACAGUGCACCCUGCUGUCAGCAGGUUCUCACCUUCACCUCGCAGUUCUCCCUGGCCUUCACCGAAACAAUCUCCAAGAAACUCACCUCGCUCCCGAUCACCUGCUCGAAGCAUAGAGUACAGCAGAGUGUCACCACAGCCUAUGAUUAGCCGUUUACAACAACCUCGUCUUUCGCUUCAAGGCCAUCCUACAGAUUUGCAAACUAGUCAUGUCAAAAGUGAAGAGAAACUAAGGCGUAGUCUUCCAAACUUGUCCAGGACUUCUAACAUCCAAGCUGAGUCUGUGAAAAACAGCAGAAGUGACUCAAACUUCCAAGUGCCAAAUGGAGGAAUACCUCGCAUUCAACCUCAAGCCUCAGCCACUCUGCAAAGGCAGAAAAAUUUGCCUCGUGCUGCCUUCAAAACCAAACAGUUUCUUCAAACUCCAUCUACAAAAGGAGUACCUUCUUCGAGUAAAUUCCGCUCACCUGCGGCACCGUCUCCCUUAGCGCUCCGACAACCAGUGAAAGCGUUCAGUAACCAUGGACCCGGCUCAGUUGCCUCUCCAGAAGCCGCACAGCUGACGCACAGUAGUUCCUCACCAGGGCCUCUUGCAGCACAGAGCUCAGGCUUACCAAGCCCUGCCAGCAGUAUUAACAGUACUACUCUUACCAGACCAGCAGGGAUGAGGAGUGGUUUGCCCAGACCCAGUGCCCCUUCCACGGGGGGCAUCCCAGUGCCUCGUAGCAAACUUGCACAGCCUGUUCGCAGAUCAUUACCCACUCCCAAGACAUACGGCAACGUGAAAGAUGAGAGUUGGAAAGAUGGCUGCUACUGAUCUGCAAAGCUUAAUGCAAAGUUUCAGUGCUCAUGGAUACUUCCUGACCAGGCUAAAAGACAGCUUGAUUAAACAAACUGUUCAGAUGUGACUCUUGGGAUUUGUAAAAAUUCCAAACCUCUCUGUCUCUAAUUAGCACAAACUGGCAGAGAUUAUUAUAAAGCAGCACUUUAAUGACAUCUAACAUCAGAUGUUUGGUGGUCAUACAAUCACUUCUACAUAAAAUUGCUAUCAGUUCUGGGGGCUUUUUAUUGCUUGCUAAAAAUGUUAUCAAUAUGAGCAUUUAUGAGAGUGGCAAAAAUGUCUAGGCAAAAAUGAAUGAAUGCCAAAGAAACACCCAUCUUGAAAAAUAGCAAGGAUAACUAUCAACAUACAUUAUCCAAAACUUCAUUUUCAGUCUGUUUUAACUUAGCAGAAAGAUUGGUGAAUAUGUACUAUUGAAACAAGGCUACAUGAAUCAGAGCUCAUGUUCUGAUUGUAGACUGCUACAGUGCUAGGGAAAUGUUGCUUUUAACAAUUGUAUGACAUCGUGACUGGGGACAGUGGUACGUAGAUCCUUCAGGAAGAAUCAGCAGUUACUCUGGAGGAUUAGGCAGGAGAGUGGGUUGUGGCCAUGACUUCUAUCACAUUAAAAGGUUUGAAUGUAGCAGACACACACAAAUGCAAUAGUAUAGAUUGCAUCUUUCCUAUGUUGAUUUAUUGGCUUUAUGUGCUCUUGUGUUAGAUUGCCAAAAGGGCUUAGUACCRGUUGUACAAUCUUUCUAAUCUUAAAGUUCCUGGCUCAGGAAAGAUGGCUUUCACUAUUGUAGCCACAUUUUUAACACAUGGCUUGCUAUUUGGGGAAAACUUUUUUAAUAGCAGGUUUCUUURCAUAAGAAAGAGCAAGUGAUAAUUUUAAUUUGUUCUAAUAUCAUACCACUAUACUUGCAGCCUGCAGCAACUGAAAAUGCUGAUAGUUAAGGAGAAGGAAACACAACUAUGCACUUGUAACAUACAAAUUUUAAGGAAAUUAGUUGACUCUUGAUGCCAAAUGAUAUUCAUUUAGGUGAUGUUCCAUGGUAUGAGGGAGUUUUCUGUAUCCUAUUUUUUUACUUUCAUCCAUUUCUUAAAUUGGUUUAUUUUAAAUUGUAAAUAUUUUUACAGAAGAUAUUGCCCAUGUAAGUGUGUUUAAAUAUGUACUUUGCCUUACAUAUGUGUAUCUUACAUUACUGGUAACAGAGUAUGAAACCUGCUAUGUCUGUUUACAAGCUAUUAAACUCCUCUGGUGGCUCUGACUUACUCUAACACAUUUUGCUCAGAACGACUGAUAUAUUUAGCAUUUGAACCAUUGUUCUGUUUUGGAAGACAUCAUGCAAAAAUCUGUGGCUAAAGUUGUAUUGGGUGGGACUAGUUAAGUGGAAGGGAUUUUGUUUGAAGAUUUUUCAGUAUUUUGGAUGUACAGUUGAUGAAGUAAGAGAAUGUGAAUGGUAUAUCCUUUGUGCAAUGACUGACAAACACUACAAGUCAGACUGGACGGUAGGUAGCCUUCAACCCCAUUAGUAUCUGAGUUUGGGACUGCUUGUGGAUUUUGCCUCCUGCCUCUAAAAGGAUAACUAAUGCUGAAAAUAUAGCACUUGAAUUUUAGGCUAACGUUAACAUAUUCCUGGAUGAAAAGCCAUGCAAUACUACUUGACUUGGAAGAAACCAAAUAGGAAGGAGUGGAGACUAAUUGCAGCUCAAAGUACUCAAGCAAGCUCUGGGUUGAUGGGUAACUUCACACCACAGACCAAGAUCUGUGCUAAGACUUCAAAGUCGGAACAUCAAAUAUACUGUAAUUGUCAGAUUUCUGCAGAAACCACCUUUCAGCAGUACAGAGCAGCACAUACCACUAAUCUAGCCUUGAGUCACCUGCAGGUACAGGGAGUGGAUGUCRGUAUGUGACAUCACCAUUCAGCAGAAGACAGGACUAGAUCAAAUGAGCAUAUUCUCAUUAAAGCCCAAAUUUUAAUAUUUCAGCGUUUUACACAUCAAUGCUGCAGUCUUCAUUGAAGAAAGGGGAAUUUUAAUUGGUGGAUUUUAUCAAACUUUGCUUGACUUAUAAACUUUGAAAGUCAGUUUAAAUGAUGAUAUUGGGCGUUUUACCAUGGCUGCAUCAAACUUGUGUAUGUUUCCUUAAGUAAUUCAUCACUUGGGUAAAUUCAGCUUAAGUUUUAUAGGGAUUUUUUUUCUCUGCUAUUCCCUCCGAAAUACAGCAAAUGACUUCCUGAGAAGAUUGCUAGAAAGCCUUUGUGCAUUACCAGUUCAUUGAUAUCAGGAAAUCAUGGGGCUCUGUGUUUAGAGAUUUACUGCAGAAUUGUGGAAAUAUGGAUUUGAUAAAAUAGUGCCUAUGAUUUACUUAACUUAUGUUUGAUAUAGUAGUAAGGGUUUUAUGAAUGUGGAUUACUUUUUGUGCCAACAGCUUGGAAUUGAUGUAUGUGUGUAGGCAGAAGGAUUAAUUCUGCUCCCAAAGUUAUUUAAUUUUUUUUUGUGUUUGAAUGUUUUUGUAAGUGUUAAAAGUGUAAAAAAAUAUAUAUAAAAUAUUCUUACCACAAAACAUCUUCUGAAUCCUUAUUUUGACAACAAAGUGUUUUUAAAAGCUUUUAGAAAUCUAAAGGAUAUUUAUGGCUUUUUUGUUUGGUUGGUUCGGUUGUUUUUCAGGAACUGUAUUCACUUUUCCAGGGGUUACCAGUGUUGGCUUUUGCCCACUGUAAUUCAUGAACUGAGUACAACACUGUAUUUGGAUAAAAUCUGUGAUUAUAGACAGAGGUGGAUUUGUGCCUCUGCUCUGGAUGGACAUUGCAUMGUUCAGACUUACAUGAAAAACUGUAUUUUAAUUUUUAUCCAGGGUUAUUUGUACAUGCAGUUUGAAGUAUACAAGUCUGCCUUUCCAUUUUUGCAGGAUUUGUGCUUGCUUCAGACCACCAUGUGAAACAAAUUUUUAAUUUUGAAAAUUCUGAAAUUUAUGCAGAAAAUUGAGCAAUGUAAAAGUGACCUGUUAAUGCCUCUUGGAGUUGAUCAGUAGACAUUUUAUGUACCUUCUACAUUAAUGCCUCUAUCUUUGGCUCACAUACAAGGAAGAAGUUUGUUUUGAACUUGGUAACUUUCUGUAAUCUGCAUUUUGCUACAAAGCAAUGGAUGCAAUGUGAAUGCCAUCUUUGUUUUACCUUGCUAUUAAUAAGGGCAGGUUUAAUUCUAUUUGGUAGCCACUUAAUAUUAAAUGUAACAAAAUUUAAGCUGUGAACUUUGUAAUUAAUUGUUUAUCCUAACAUUCUUUAUGCCAACAUAAUUAUUUUGUAAUUAAGCCAGUAGGUUGAAAUGUUUCCCCCUAGUUAGCUGAUUUGUUUAUGUAGAGCUGGCUUCAUACCUGCURUUUCUAAAAGGUAUUCACUAUCCCCCUUUUUGUCACUUUUUAGUCAUGCAGUCAAGUACCAAUUGCCUCACUCCUUCAGGACAGCAGUGUCAAAAUCUGGGAACUAAUAGCGUUUCAUCUUUCUCUUUUAGUAGGUUUCUGUAACAAAUUCUUCUAUAAAGCUAUUGUUUAUAAUUGGCAUCAUAUUGCAAGACUGAAGAUUGGAAAUAGUAUUUUUCUCAGUUCUCUYAUUUUGAGGGAAGGUGUGACAGCUCCUUUGGGUCCUUUUACAUUUGAUGUGUGUUCCCCUCUAGAAGCUUCAUUGCAGUGGUGAAGAAAAGUAAGUGAUGAACAUGUAAGGAAGCAGAAGGCUGAAAAUGCUUAUGCUGCUGGUCUUGAGGUGGUUGCAGAGUGCAC